UAAUAAAUGAUUCAUGGGGUUAGUAGGUAGAGUUUAAAAUCAAGUGCUUUUUCAGCAUAAAAAAAAUUGUUUAUUACAUAUACACUAUAAUAAUUAGUUUAUAACUUCAUUAAGUAAGUUGGUCUAAAUUAAAAUAAAGAAAAUAUUCUUAACUCAAUAAUAAAUGGAUUUUAAACAGACAUUUCAACCUUUACUUAACUUAGAAGUGUGUUCGGUUAGUUCAACUUAAACAUUUCUUAAGUGUCCGUUAAAAGCUGAGUUCAAGGCGAUCUGCCAAGUAGACCUCAACAUUAAGCCACGCCGCGAUCUGCAAGCUGCGUUCUGCCUGGACUUGUUUUAACGUCAGACCAUGCCUUUUGGAGGGAAAGGAGCACAGACAAGGAUUUUAAGAAUUUAAGACUUGGUAAGUAUAACGUUUUGACUUUUUUUAUUCAGCUAACUUUAGCUAAUAACUCCAUCAGCACACAGUACAAGAAAUAGUUUUGCACAAAAUUGAAUGCUUUUCCUCGGUAAGCGUAGGUAAAAUUUUAGCUAAAAAUGUCAGACUUUUAGCUAAUUGUUGCUGUAAUUCAGCCAUAAGUUUAUUCUUUAAGUUUUGUUUUAUGGUGAAAUCUGAACUUCUAAAGCAAACGUUUUAACUUUGCAAAGAUAAAGCAAUACCCACUUUGCCUCUUUCAAAAUUUAAAUUGUUGUAGUGUCAGUGUAGUUUUGACCAGCAAAGGUUGCGUGGCUGGGCCGUUGUAGGCUAUUUAGCACAGCUACGGUUUACUCUUCAAGACAGCAGCAGCAGGUGCAGUGUAAAAACGCGGGUGAGGAAGCACAUGUUGCAGAUGCUAACAUUAUUAAGCUAGUUGUGUGUGUGUGUAUGUACUUAACUAAUGCCCAUUUCUUAGUUUUCAAGCUUUUCUUCAUGUUUUUCAUCUUGAAUGUUAAAAAAAGGUCAAAUUAAAUUUAUUGUAUUGCUGAUGUGGCACAAGUUUUAGGCACUACAGCCUUCUGAAUGACCUAAAGUUCAAAUAAUUUAAACAGACCCCUAGUUUUUAAAAUGAAGUGGAUCUGUAAAAUUUGCAAAUUUGAAACACAAAGAAAGACAGAUCUCUUGAAGCAUUAUAGACUUAGACAUGGCCAUGGUGGAGAAUCCCUCCCUUGUCUUUAUUGGGAGUGUUAUUGCUCAUUUAAAACAUGGGGCAGCCUGCGAACCCAUCUGUCAAGAAGUCACUCGACCCAUGAGACAGUGACUUUGCCCACUGUACUGUCAUUUAAAUGUCCAUGUUGCUCUUUAAACACUAUCUCCACUGAAAGAGAAUACUUUGAGCACAUUGGUCGUCAUUUAAAGAAACAGGAAACUGUGUAUUGUGUUUUUGAAAAUUGUCCUUUCAAAACAAACAUUUAUGGAACAUUUGCCUCUCAUAGAAGCCGGAAACACAAUCCUCACACUCUUGAUGACUUCAAGCCUGAGCUUUUGCAGAGAUAACCUUGGCGCUCAUUCUAUUGGAGGAUUUGUGGAGAGCUUCUCAGCUACACACUGCUGCAGGUUCUGUCUUGGAGAAAGAUCUCAGUUCCAAAUACUGCAAUGUCUCAUCAAGCCACUCUUAGGAUCAUUCUUCAGGACCAUGACAUUCACAAACUUGACUUACCCCAUGGCAUCCCUGAGACUAUCCCAGGAUACAGUGAUUCUAUCAUCUCCUGAACAUGGGAUUCAGCGAUCACAGCGGUGGCCAACUGAAUUUCCAGUACCUCGCUUUGGCUAUGACACAGAGCUUGUGCUUGCCUCUGGAAAUGAAGCUUUCAAGAAGGAUGGCAUUCCACUCAACUUUACAUCAGUCCUUUCAGACAUCCUUGAGAGACUGGCUGAAAGCAUCUUUCAAUAUGUUGCCUACCCAACAAGUGCACAUUUCUCGGAUGUUGCUGAGGCGCUGAUUCAGAAGCAUCCUUGCCUUAAAGAACCAGGUUCAUAUAAUGGAUGCUAUGGAUGGCAGCAGAGACUAAAAUAUAAGAUGGGAACCUAUAGAACCAGGUUGAGAGCUGAACUUGAUGUGAACUCUCUCAGAAAGAAGAGACCACAUGAAAAAGCACCUGCAAAGAAUGUCAAAAGGCCAAAAAAGUCAGAAGUUACCUAUUUGCCCCCUCACCCACAAGAAGAAACAGAAGACAGUUUGGAACAUGAAAGAGUGGAGCUCCUCAAUGAAGUAAAAAAGAGGGACAACUGUCAGAUCAUCAGUGAAAAAAUGGCAAAGACAUUUUCUAUUCACAGGCAAGAAGUUGUUAAUCAAGAACCACCAGUCAGUGACCUGAAAAAAAGAUGGCCGGCUCUUUUUGACGCAACUCAAAUAAACCAAGAAUUCAGGAGGAUCACAACUGUUAGCCUGGAGACAACAUUCCUGGCAAAACUGGACCAAUACUCCCCGAAAAUAAUGUACCUGUUGUCCUCAAGAGGGGGGACUGCAAAGAUGAAGAUUCAGAACAUGCUGGUACAGGACAAUUCUGUGGAGACACGGAGGGAGGCUGCCAUCCGUGGCUUAAUGGUGUACCUUAAGGAAAAGGAAGAGCAACUCUUCAAAGAGGAGGAUGGAGACGGGGAUAGUACGGAUCAACUGAUGAAGAUUGUCACAGCACGAGGUGGCUCUGAUCCAGCCCAUGCAAAGAUUGUCAUAGAGGGAACAGAGGUCCUAACAGAUGUGGAUUUAUUCCCAGAGCCUGUGCCUUGCUCAUGGGGCUGAUAUACGCACUCAACCUCAGCUACCCAAAAGGACUGAAAAAUACUUUUGAAGUAUUUCAAAAGAUCCUCCUUGAGCUGGAUGAUCUGAAAGCCAGUCCCAAGGUAAUGUCACUAAAAAAUAAACUAUUGUCAGAAAGAAUCUGAGUUAGACCAUCCUCAAAUUAAAGAGGAAAAUGUUGCACUGUUUACAAUGUUUUGUUGAGUAACAUAUACAGAAGGUGAAAUGUUCAAAGUGCAGUGUGUAAUUCAGAGUUCAGC